GUCUUGCGAGUGCUCUUGGCGGCCGCGCCCGCCCUGCACACUGCCCGGAGCCCUUCGCCCUCGGGGCCCGCUCCCUCGGGGGCCCCACCUUUGAGCCGCCGACCUUCCUGAGGGAGGAGUCCCACGGGGUCGGCACGCGCCUCCACGGCUGGCUGAACGGCAUGGCGGCCGCGGCACGGCACGGCAUGAACUUCGGCGGCGUGGUCUCGGCCGCCUGCGGGCAGGCGCUCGGCAGGCCCCACGGCGCAGACGUUGCCGCCCUGGCGGCCGCCUUCCUGGGCCUGAACGGGUCCGAGGAUCUCUUCACGACGGGCCCGGCCGAGUACGACUUCACGUUCCACGGGAUCAACGACUUGGUGCGGCAGCUGAAGGGCGGGCUCAGGCUGGCGGGCCACACCGACGUGCUGCUGCUGCCGCGCGCGGCGGGCGGCGUCAUGGCCGACGAGGUCAAGGCCAGGUGGGCGCGCGGGUACUAUAGCGAAGAGUUCCUGACCGCGCUGCGAUGGCCUGGCACCCCGCUCCUGUCGAGGCCGCUUCCCUCGAGCAAGAGCCGUCCGAUCGUGGCCAUGCACGUCCGGAGGGGCGACAUGAGCCUCGGCUGCGAGAGGUGCCGCGAUCGGACGACCCCGGACGGCUGGAACCUCUGGGCGCUGCGGCGUAUCCUGCGCGCCCUGCCCGGUGCCGACGUGCACGUCUUCUCCUCGCUGGAGGGGCGCCACGCCCCCGCGGAGUUCGACAACGGCUACCGCGAGAUCGGCGCUUCCGUGCACCUGGACGACGUGGAGAUCCUCACGCCCUGGACGUACUUCGCCCGCGCCGACCUCGUCGUCCUCGCGAGGAGCAGCUUCUCCUGGGCCCCCGCCAUGCUCAACCCGAGCUGCGUCGUCUUCCAGAAGAACCCUCGGCUCGCGCCGCUCCCCGGCUGGAUCGAGGCGAGGCACCAGUGGGAGGCCGAGGAGACCUGGCCAGAGGGCCUCGACGACCAGACGCCUGGCGGCCUGCGCCGCCCGAGUGGCGCGGGCCCGGGGCGCGGCGCGCUGACCGCGGCGCGGGGCAGACCUCCCCCGCGGGAGGUGCCUAGGCUUGCUAGGCGCUCCGCUGGCUCCGGUCUGCGGCGCCUGCCGCGGAGUGCUGCCAGCGUGAGGCCCUGUUCAGGAGCGCGUGCACAUCGCCUGCGAUAUUCCACUUGUUUCGUAAGCGAGCUUUGCAGGUUUGCGUCUUGCGCCUCUGUACUUUCUGCUUGAGUGCUAUGCAUGAAGACUUCCAUUCCAAAGACUGCUUUCUGACGCUGGCUUUUCGAAAAGG